CCGAGCCGAGCCCCUUUCCGAGCCUUUCCACGGCAGGCUCUGGCAGGGCAGAUGGGCGUUGUCAUGGGUUGCCACACAGCUCUGCUCAGGAGCGAUGGCACAGCCGUGGCCUGCGGCUGCAAUAGUUUUGGCCAGUGCGACCUUCCGGCGCUGGUCGCGGGCCUGAUAUAUUUGCAAGUCGCCGCUGGAGGUGAGCAUACAGUGCUGCUUAGGAGCGACGGCACAGUUGUAACCUGUGGCAAUAACGAGCAUCGCCAGUGCGACGUUCCGCCUGUGGUCGCUGGCCUGAGCUACGAGCAGGUGGCCGCUGGGGGUGGUCAUACAGUCCUGCUCAGGAGCGACGGCACGGCCGUCGCGCGUGGCAAGAAUCAUCAUGGCCAGUGCGACCUUCCAUCGCUGAUCGCCGGCCUGACCUACGUGCAGAUCGUCGCUGGAGGUGAGCACACAGUGCUGCUCAGGAGCGAUGGCGUUGCCGUUGCCUGUGGCAAGAGCCAGCAGCGCCAGUGCGACCUCCCGGCGCUGGUCGCUGGCCUAUCUUACGUAGAUCAUUUGAUGCCGACGCUACUCCUGCAGGCCUCGUUCGACGGCGAGUCGGUACGCUUCACGACCCUCCGCGGGGAGGAGCGAUGCCGAAUUGUAGUAGGACUUGCCACUCGCCUUUCGGACAUCUACGAGCAGUUGCUGACAGAGUAUCGUAGCAGCAGGUUCGGUCGCGGUGCCGCGCGGGUCGACGCUGUCUUGCCGGGGGACCGGCGCUUCGGCGGUGUUCUGGCUGGGGAGACGGUUGCGAGCAUCUUCGAGGCAAGUCCGCCAGGUUGA